CCAGGAACCCCAUCUCCUCCGACCUGAGGCGAGAGUUUGUGGUGCUGUCGUCUGAGAGCAUUGCACAUGGUACAGUGUUUGGAGUUGGGCCAGUUCCCGUAGGUACACACGAAGCAGACCCAUUUGGACUGAUGUGCACCGGGGCCUCCUCCGCUGGUACCCCACUCCCCCCUCCCGUCCCUCCCCUGCAUCACGGGGAGGAUCGAGGAGGGUCUGUAGCGAGCCGGCGACUGAUCGAUGAUCACAUCUGACGACGAGAUCCCGCUUCGCUGGCUCUGAGUGAGGCUGGGUGACUGAGUCCACCGCCCGCCAGGCGGGGGCUCUGGCGGGGUGCGGGGUAGUAGAGAUCUGUGGGUCUGGAGGUGUUGCAGACGGUGCAGCGGGAAGAGGAGGAAUGGUUGUGACAGGAGCAAGACUGGCAGAUCCACUUGGCAGUCACGGAGGCCAUGAUUUCUUCCAAUCACUAUACAACAACAGAGAAGAGACGAGUACUCGCGAAGAGUUGGUAGGCUUUAGGUCUUAGAGUAAGUUACGUGAGUGCACUAAAGACAUUCUGACCUUUCUGACCUGAAAACUACUUGUAAACAAUAAAGAAAGUUUUUCAGGUUUCGCUAAAAUAGAGAGAGGCUCGAGCCAGAGCGAUAAUGGCUUUCGCCGUGGGGGCACUGGACGAUGCGAUCAGGGAAUACCUCCUGUUUCGUGGAUUCACGCAGACCCUGAAACUCUUUGAGACCGAGCGCAGGGACGACAAAGACAAAGGAUUCAGCUUUAGAGUGAACCGGAUCGUGGAGUACAUAAUGCAGUGUGUGUUCAAGUCAGACUUUCCCAGUCUCCAGAGCUUCUGGUCCCACCUGUACGGUCGGUUCUUCAGCCAGAUGAAUAGUGAGUCCCUCACCAUGGCUUACAGACUGGAGACUAACGUCCUCAGGUUGUUUCUGGUGCAGGCCAGCAAGACAGGGAGACAUGAGGAGGUGCGAGCCUUCUUUGAGAAGAUGUCAGACUCCCUCCACGACCGCAAGGAGUGGAAGGACUGGUUUGCUCUGCCGUUCACCAAGAACCCCGACCAGCACCCAACGUUCAGACUCUACUACAGCAAGGAGUGGCUGGACACCUUCCAGAUCACCCUCCACAACUUCUUCAGCACCCUCUUCACCUCAAUCCAUAUCCCCCUCCCUUGCCCACGCUUCCACUUACUUUAUCUGUGACGUGUAUUAUCCUUCAUUUCUGUGUUUAUAUAUUAUGCUUAACAUUAGUUUCAGGUGUAUAUACAUGUGACAUUUUUCAGUCCCCCUUGAAGUAUUGGUCUCUGCAAACUGCAAGUGCCUCCUUUCACUGCACAGUAAUAUAUACAAUCAGACCAAUGCACUACUGUGCUGAUAGUACUGUUGGUCGUUCCUUGACUCUGCCCACCUCUGCCAGCUCUGCUGAGCUUCGAGGCAGAGCACCAGAAGAUGCAGGCCCUCUCCACGGAGAAUCACCACCUUCACAACCAGCUGGCCGAGACGAGACGUGCGUUCACUGAACUCGAGUUGACAAACCAGAAGCUGGAGGCCCGAUUGGCACAGCAGGCGGCGGCUCAGGCCAGCAAUGUCUCCAGCAAGAGAAGACACAGUGCUGGAAAGGCAGACAAGUUGCAGGGGAAGGUGCCUGCCGGCGUGGCCAGCAGAAAGAAGCCCUCCACACCUGCCUAUGCUGCAGCGGCCCCGGGAGGAAAGAGACCGGUUCAGACUGCAAAGGAAACGGCUCCUGAGAGGACAAGUGUGACACCCACUGCAGAGUCCCAGCCACUCUCUCGCUCCUCGACCAAGGACUCAUUUGAGGUGUCCUUUACACCUGCACCGGUCGGACCUCCAGCUAACAGAUCAGAGGUCCAGGGAGGCAAGGCAGAGACUCUGAAGCAAGCCAACACCGAACUGAGAGCCCAGGACGGAGGCAGUGUGGUCCCACAUGCAGAUGCUGAUGGAAACUGUCCGUUCCUCCCGGUGCGACAGGUGUCCUAUCUGGACCACUCUGCCCCCAUCACCCACUGCAAGUUCUCACCCAAUGCCACUCAGGUGGCCAGCGUUGACACCGACGGCAGAAUGAUGGUGUGGGAUCCAAACAAGUGCAGUACGACGGCCACCACUGAGCUCACGUCCUCUCUCCUCUCCCUCGACUGGGUUCCUCAGUCAGAGAACCUGGUUCUCCUGGGAACUGGUGGUGGGUCAGUGAAGCUGUUUGAGACUUCCAGCUCCCAAUAUCUCUGGGAGGUGACCAGUGACAUCAGCUAUCCAAGGAUCUUGUCUGUUGCCUGUGGUCCCUCCAUCUUUGCCGUGUCUGCAUCCGACACUGUCAUUCCUCACUCCACCUCCUCACACCGAACUCUCACCCUCACCUCUCCCUCCCUCCCCUCGCAUCGAGCAGCCGCCGAGAUGACGGCCAUGGAGGUCAAAGGGUCAUCCGGAGGACCUGGCACAGUGAGAAGAGGUGACUUGCCAAUACCUGGCGGUGUGUACGUCUGGGACCUCAAAUCCCAAAAGAUGAAGUGCUCACUGCCAUUGUCGCCACUGCCUGUUGCUGUCAACUGCAUGUCUUUCAACCACAACAGCAAUCUACUGCUAACUGGAGCCGUGGACGGAAUGAUACGUCUCUUUGAUGUGUUCCAGCAGGAGUGUCUGUGUGCGUGGAGGGCCCACUCUGGCGAGGUGUUCAAUGUGCAGUUCAGCUCCGACGAGACUUCAGUGUACAGCAUGGGCAGUGACUCUGCCUUCUGUCAGUGGAGCAUCAUUCAGUCGGGAGCAAAGGUGACCCAGUUUUGGGUGGACGAGAGUGCAUGUAACCCAGCUCGAGGCUGGUCCCCUCAACCAGGGGGACACUGCUUCCCAACCACACCACGAGGAAACCUCUUUGCCUUUGAGAGCGAGGAUCGCUACGUCUUGACCUGUUCCCACCAAAAGGCCAUCAUAUACGCAGUGGGACAGGAGAGUAAUCUGAGAUCUGUGGUGACCAUCUCGGGCCAUUCCGGUCCGGUCACGUGUGUGGAUUGGUUGCACGGUCGCAGCUACAGCACUUGCCUCACGGGCUCCACCGACUGUGCCAUCAACGUCAUUAACUUGCUCAAGAACUGAGUCGUGCAUGUGCUCUAGAUUUCAUGUGUUUAAAAUGUGUGCCGUUCGUUAUGUGGCUUAAUAUGCAGUCAAAAGUUUUUUUGCCCAUACAAAAAUUGCGGCAUUGCACACAAAAAUGUUCCACUUUUCAGUCUAAUGCAGCUUUUCAUAGAGCUUGGGUACGUAGUCGUCCCACUGGGCCUGGAAGAGGUUUCCAGCGACCGGGUUACCGAGAUUGUGUUCGCCCACCAUGUCCUUGGCUUUCGUGUUGUUGCGACCUUUGCCAGUCAGCCCCAGCUUAGGCAGCGUGGGGGUGAUCCUGCCGCUGGGCUGCUUGUAGAUGAGGAAGAUGUAGCGAUGCAGUCCAGUGUCUUUUGGAGGACCAGCGCCAGACGUAGGCCCACCACUCCUCCCCUUUAGCGAGGUCUGCCCCGGGGAUAUUAAACACCACCCAAUGUCGCCACUCGCCCCACUUCGGGUCGCUCCGACUCGGAGCAUCUGGAUCUGUCAUUAUGAGGGUGUACAGGGCAGAGUCUUCGGCUGGCCAUGUCACCACUGGAGCAUUCUGGACCUGGGUCGGAGUCAGGAUGGCCCCGGGCUCGACGGUGACCCCACAGUCGUACUUGACAAUUGCAAGCUCGGCUGGAGGUUCGUCAAUGACAUCAGGCACCACUCCGUGCUCGCGGAACUUCUCUUGCAAAGCCAUACAGUCGUUCACACAGCAAAUGGAGACGCUGCUAGAGCUAGAGAUGGCCGGCUGUGGAGAUGAAACUA